AUGCACGCUGAAUCAACAAACCACGUUCACCCAAUAAUCAGGGCGACCAAUCUCCUGCAGGAGUUUUCGGUGCCCCUGAUUGCCGGUGUCGUGUUGGGCCUGCUUGCUGCCAACACCAACCCCCAUCUCUACGAAACAUGGAUCGAGUUCAAUCCCUUCGGGCAUGAACUAACCCUCCAUUUCAUCAUCAAUGGGAUGUUCAUGUGCCUGUUCUUUGGCGUGGCGACCAAAGAAAUCACCCAAUCAACUCUGCCCGGCGGGGUGCUGAACCCGCUGCGCCGUGCCAUCAACCCGAUAGUGGGAACCUUUGGGGGCGUGCUGGGGCCGGCCGCGCUGUAUCUGGCGCUGACGUGGGUGUUUUACGGUGGAACCGAGAAUUUCGGCGCAGUAGCCAACGGCUGGGCAAUUCCGACCGCGACCGACAUUGCGCUGGCGUGGCUGGCGGCCCGACUCAUCUUUGGGGCAUCGCACCCGGCAGUGAACUUCCUGCUGCUGCUGGCCGUUGGCGACGACGCCAUCGGGCUGGGCAUCAUCGCCAUUUUCUACCCAGACCCAAAUCACCCGGUGCAGCCAAUCUGGUUGUUGCUGGUGGUGGGUGGCAUGGCCUCCGCUUACAUCAUCAGGCGAUUCAGAAUCCGCUGGUGGCCCGUGUACAUCCUGGUUGGCGGCACGCUGUCCUGGGUGGGGUUGGCCAAGGCUGGGGUGGAACCGGCGUUGGCGCUGGUGCCCAUCGUGCCUUUUCUGCCCCACUCCGGCCACGCUCAAGGGCUGUUCGAGGAAGAGGUUUUUGGCCUGAGCGUCCUGGACCAGUUCGAGCAUCAACUGAAACUCUUCGUUGACGUGGGGUUGUUUUUCUUCGCCUUCGCCAACGCUGGCGUCGCAUUCUCCAGCGUUGGGUUGGUAACCAUGAUGGUGUUGGUAUCGCUGAUCGUGGGAAAAGCAAUUGGUGUAACGCUGUUCUCCUGGGCAGCGUCGCUGGUGGGAUUCCCGUUGCCGGACGGCAUGGGAGUGCGCCACCUGCUGGUUGCUGGCAUCAUCGCCGGGCUGGGGCUUACCGUGGCGCUCUUCGUGGCGGCCAAAGCGUUCCCCGACGGUUCGCCGUUUCAGGAUCCGGGUAAGAUGGGUGCGGUACUCAGCAUCGCAUCGGCACUGGUUGCCUUCAUCAUCGGGUGGGCAUUGAAAGUGCGAGGUCGCACGUCGGCAACGGAAACCGCCGGCGAGAUUGGUGAAACCGAUCGCCAGAGCACGGCGGCUGACGGCUAA